UGUACUGUACGGUCUGUACAGUAGUGUUGAGUCUGGAGUUGUGUUUGGAUUCAGACUAACUCUGAUGUGAAUGUUAUGAGUGUUUUGUCGGAUUCAUAGCUAAACGUGUCAUCAAUUGUGGCCAUAAUUUGCAUUCAAAGAUGGUAUAGCGAAGGAGGGAAUAGUAAUAGCGUUAUAGCGAUGAGAAUAUAACACAAGUAAUGGAGAGACGGACAGCAUUUGAGUCCGAGACCAAUGAAUUGGAUUUAUCGCUAACGAGACACAUCUCCGGCCGAACCAAAAGCCGCAAAAACAAUACUCCCACUCAUUAUGAGCCCACCAUUCAGUCGAGUCUCGAGUCGCUACUCAAUUCCGGCGCUUCACUCGACCCGACAUCACAGGCCUUAAUGCCGGCGCGCAGUAGUAUAUCUUCGUUGCUGUCAAUGAGUCACUUGAGGUUAUGGGAGAAUCCGAUGGCAGCCUCUGCCAUCUCAGCCGCCGCUGCCAUGUCUCACCUCAUGGACAUCAACCACUCGACCACUUCUUCAUCGUUCGGGAAAUCAAUUGAAGAACCAAAUAUCAGUCCAAAUAUGUGUUUAAUAUGCGGUCGAGUGACUCGAGAUCGCAAUGAAUUGGAAAACCAUAUGUUAUCGCAUUCAAUGGAUAAACCACUUGAAUGUCUGAAAUAUGGACUCAAACCGAAUCGCAUUCAGGGUCUCCUCAUGUCGUCGAAGAAACGAAAAUCAAAACAUUUUAGUCAGAACUCCGAUCAACCGCUCGAUGUAUCCAUGGCUGAGGUCAGGAAGAAACGAGUGGAUGACUGCCAGUCACCCAAACAUGAAGACAAUAAAAACAAGAUCUGUUACCAGCAGUCGAAUGAAGCGAUUAAUUCCAUCAACACUAAUGCAUUCCCCUGUAGUUCAUGUCAUAAGACAUUUGCCACUGAAGUCGACCUAAAGGCACAUCUCAUGAGACACUUGACUCAACACCCAUUCAAGAGCGAAAGAGUCGAAAGAUUGAGUGCAGAGAAGACUAGCGAACAGAACUGUGAGGACGAGACCAGUAUUGAUGGUAUGGAUGGCGAGCACAGCGAUGACGCCAUUGGGGAUAACGAUGAGAAUCAUAACAAUCGUGAGACCAUGGAGUUCGGCGCCCCUCCACUGAACAUCAGCUCCCGAAGUAUACAAAUAAAGUGCGAGAAGCUGUUGAUAACGAUGUUGGAAGGGGUGCAUCCGGUCACUGAACAGAGUUACGUGCUGUACAAGUGCUGUCUGUGCGGGUUUGCCUUUCCGAGCUUAGAACCAGUUGUGUUGCACCUG